UUUGCUAAACGUGACAACACUGUAUUCACUGAUUAAAGUGAUUAAAUGUGUUUGUUUAGUCUAUGGUGCGCUGAUAAAACAAUUAAAACAAAGAAAAGAAAAAGAUGCACAGGUGCAUAGCACGUGCGAUAGUGGAAAUCUGGUGUAAAUAAGUAAAUGCCUAAACUAAUUUAUUAGUUAUUUGAGAGUGAUUUACGUUCCCGUUUAAAAUUUGAUAUGUACCUGGUUUUCUUUGAUGUUCAGUGACAACAUGGACAAAAAAGUAAUCGUAGUACGACAGGAACCAAUUGUCAUCAAAAAUAUACAAAAUUGGGAUUAUAAUUUCACAGUUAAUGAAUCUUUUCCAGAAAAACAUGUGAGUAUGACAGUAGACGAAUUUAAGCCAGCUACCAAAGUAAUAAAUCGGGACCGUAGUUCAAGCUGUCAACGAACUCUGUUGUCAGGAUCUUCAAGUAGUAAUGGAAAUCCAGCUACAGCAGUUAUAAAAGGCUUUAUAAGACCGCCAUCAACUAAUAAUCCAAAAGAUCAACAUAAAUCAACAAGAACAUCUUAUUCUAGCCAAACCCCAGACGCUUCGUUGAAGUCAAACCCGUCAAAUCAACCGCUUAAUUUAGUCGUCAAAGGUGGUAAAGAACAGUGUAAUUUUGAGAAGGAACAAGUAGCUAGAACUCAUGUUGCAAAACCGUUGCCGGUUUCUUUUCAACAAUUGGUUGAACCUCAAAGAAAUAUUACACGAGUUCCAUGUUUAGACGCAUCGAAGAAAAUGUGUUCAGUAGAAAGUUAUUUGGAGCAAGAUACCUUAGAAAAAGGAAUAGAGGUUUUAUCUUCCUUGGAUGAUUUUUCACUGAAAACAUUGAUUGUUAAAGUAAUGGACGUCCUUAACACGAUGUACGGAGAUUAUCUCAAUGAACAAUUAGAAAAAUACCUUGGGCCAGACAUAUAUCAAGAAAUUGCAAAAGAGGGCAUACUACCAUUUUGUGAAUUUUUAGCUCAGCGGCACCAACAAAUAUUUAAUAUGGCUAAUCCCAACGUAAUUGCUACCGACUCUGUUCCAAACGAGGCACCUCUGAUACCUAAGGAAGGAUUAGUCGUUGAUGCUAAACAAAAUAGUGAAAAGCCGCUCGAUGUUGGUAUGUCUCAUAAGAAAAUUAUUGAAGAAGAAAUUGAACAAGAAAAAAAUGAUUUAGUUACUAAAAAUACUAUGAGCAAGAUAUAUACUAGAAAAUACAAAUCGAAAUCAGUAGAAAGAGUUAAUAGUCCGUUUAAUAUCCGUACAGCGGAAGAAAGUAGUAAUAAUCAAUCUGAUAUUAAACAAGUAGCGAAUAAAAUUGUUCAUGCUACGAAUAAUUUAUGUAUUAAAAAAAAUCAAAUUCAAAAACAUAUCCAACCAGAUUGUUCAGACAUAAAUGUAAAUAUUCCAGCUAAAGAGAAAAUCUAUACUAGUUUACCACAUGAAUUUAAUAAAGCAUAUGCCGAUGAAGAAUUACGUAGCCCUCCUAAAGUAUCUAUUAUUUCAGACAUUAAUAUCAAUGACAAAAAUAAAGAUAUUUUAGAUCCAAAAAAAUAUAAUUUUUAUGAUCAAAACUUAGAGAAAUUAAAAAAACCCGAUAGUACAAAUAAUAUGGCAUUGCAGAAAUAUCAUGAUAAUAUAAAUGAUGUAAUCGGACCUAUCAUUAAUGUGACCGAAGGUAAUCAGAUAAAAGAUUGGGCCAAAAAUUUAAAUACACAAAAUAAUGGCAAUAGAACAGAGGAAGACAACAAAAAUGUGACCAAAACAGUAGAUAAUAUUAUGAAUAAACAAGACAGUAUAACAUACAACCAAAUGCCAAAUAGUAAUAAUGUAAUAGAAGAGUUUACAUUAUUCCUAAAGGAAUUUGAUGAAAAUUGUUUAAAUUUAAAUGGGCACGAUCGGCUGCCUAAAGAAGUAAGAACUAGCAAAAAUCUCGAGCAGACUGGACCAAAAACUUUACCAAUUUUAGAAGAAAUAAGUAGUAAUAUUAAACAAAUUAAUGUAUCAAAAGUAGUAUUAUCCAAUACUGAGCAAGUUUCCAUAAACCAGUUGAUAUCUGAUGGAAAACCCAAUGUCUCAAGCACAAAUUUUUGUACUAUUGUUAACCGUAAAAAUGUACAACAUUUAGGUAAUCCAAAACCCGAAUUGAGACAACGGAAGAAUAGGAAAAGAUCUUUUUGCUUUAGCCAAGCAUUACUGAAGAAACAGAUUUGGUCGACCCUAAAGAAUAUAUCAAGUUGCUUCAAUAACAUCCAAAAAAAUAAUAUAAAGUUGAGGAAAUAUAUUCAACGAAUACAUUUAAAUUUAUAUUUGGACACAAUAGACAAAUUCUCUAUACAGGAAUAUAUUAUAAAACUCGAAAGACUGAAUAAUAUUGCAAAACGCAAAUCAGUAUUUCAAAAAAUGCUUAUGACCAAAGUAUGCUGCAAUAACACUAACAAGUUUAGUUUAAGGACAAACCAAAGUAUCUUUAAUAAGCCUGCAAAAGAUAUAACAAACAAAGAAUUUGAUGGUCUUAAAAAUCAUUUAAACGGAUCCGAUUUAGAAAUUGAAUAUAAUAAUAAUAAUGGUAUGACAUAUCUUCGAAGACCACAGAACGAAAAUGUAUCCCAGGCUUUUAAACAACAAAACAAAUAUCUUCAGAACGUUGAUCUAUCAGAACAUUUUUAUAAAUCAAGAGAAACACAGACAUUGACACUUUCUAGAGAAGGAAACAAUUUAAGCAAAGAUAACGUAGUUGAUAAAGGGCUGAGUAUGAAUCAGAAUAUAAAAGUUUCAAGAUGUAUUCUAAAAAAUAAAGAAUUUGAGAUGAAUCAAAUUGUAGAAGAAUACAAUUCCAAAUCUCCAAAAUACAUAUUAAGAUCAAUGAUAUCUACAGAGAAUAUAAAUAGUGCUAUAAAAGAUAAGUUAGUAGAUAACUUGGCGAGUAAGCUUGUGGAUCACCGUCAUUUUGAAGAAUUUUAUAGUCAACAGCUAUUACUCCCAGAAAACCAACAUUUCCUACAACAAUGUGUUUCUGAAGACCAAAUGCAAGGUUACAGACAGAUGGACGCUAAAAUGGAUAAGAGACCUAUAGAAGUUUCAGCUUCACCUGAAAAUACUGACAAAGAAAAUACUAGAACCAAAUACAAUACAAGAAACUCACGAGGAGGUCAACAGCUAUUACUCCCAGAAAGCCAUAUCCUACAACGUGUUUCAGAAGGCAAAAUGGAAUGUAACAAACAGAUGAACGCUAAAAUAGAAAAGACACCUAUUCUAUUUCAACUUUUAUCUAUUUCAACUUCACCUGAAAAUACAGACAAAGAUAAUACUAGAACCAAAUACAAUACUAGACACUCACAAAGAGGUGAACAGCUACUACUGCCGGAAAGCCAACAACCAUGUGUUUCUGAAGACAAAAUGGAAUGUUACAAACAGAUGGACGCAAAAAUAGAAAGGAGACCUAUAAAGGUUUUAGCUUCACCUGAAAAUACAGAUAAAGAAAAUACUAGAACCAGAUACAAUACUAGAAACUCACAACGAGAACCAAACCAUGCAGAUUCUCUUGAAAUUGCAAGUCUACCUACUGAUAGAAAGAAUGGUCCUCCAAAAAAUCAACAAAAGAGAAGAAAACAUUGUGAUGGUAGUUAUUCAGCAGACAAAAUGAAAUGUAACAAACAAAUGGACACUAAAAUAGAAAAUAUACCUAUAGAGGGUUCAACUUCACCUGAAAAUACAGAUAAAGAAAAUACUAGAACCAAAUACAAUACUAGAAAUUCACAACGAGGUUCCCUUGAAAUUGUAAGAAAAGAUGGUACUCAAAAAAAUCUACAGAAGAGGAGAAAACAUUGUAAUAAUAUUUCAGAUAUGGCCAAUAAAUCUUACAACAUUAAAAAGAAACUGAAAGUGAAAGUCCCAUUCCAUAUAGACAGAAAUCGUUUGAUGUCUUUGAGAAGUUUUACAAAAAGUAAGUUGUUAUGAGUAUUUAUUUAUGAUAUUGCUGAACCAUGUACCUUCGAAAAGACACUUUACCAGUACUAAUUUUUUUGAAUAUUUUUUAUAUUUUUUCUUAGUCCUCUUCAACAAUCUGUUUUUGUUGUUGACACGUUUCAUUUAACUUUAUCCAAGCUGUCUUUUUGUUAAUUGGAUUCAUUAACAAACUGUUUCUAACCAUAAUUGUAUUCUCUAUCUGUUUAUCUGAAUAUGUUCAAGUAGCCUUAUCAUAUUUAAC